CCCCAGCGUUUAUCAAGGCUACAGGCAGACGCAAGCUUGCCCGACAUCAACCUUCUCCCUUUCAACAAACUCCAUCGCUUUUCAUCUCAGGCAUACGCUGAGAGGUAACAUCUAUCUUCGCACCAUCUUUUAGACAUCGCGAGGUGCCGCCCACCAAAAUGCGCAGCAAGUUCAAGGACGAACACCCGUUCGAGAAGCGCAAGGCAGAGGCCGAACGCAUCCGACAGAAGUACUCUGAUCGCAUUCCCGUCAUAUGCGAAAAGGUCGAGAAGAGCGACAUCGCCACGAUCGACAAGAAGAAGUACUUGGUACCAGCAGACCUCACGGUCGGGCAGUUCGUCUACGUCAUCCGGAAACGGAUCAAGCUCUCUCCGGAGAAGGCCAUUUUCAUCUUCGUUGAUGAGGUCCUGCCUCCAACUGCAGCACUCAUGAGCAGCAUCUAUGAAGAGCACAAGGACGAGGACGGGUUCCUCUACAUCACGUACUCAGGCGAGAACACAUUCGGCAACUUCGAGACCGCCUAGAUGGCCAACCCCGGCGCUUCGGGGCGUGGGCGUCGCCUGGAGACGGAACUUGUUUUGCCAUGGACGACGGAAUCCUGAAACUCCUGACUACUUUCUUGGAGACGAUCGUCGUCCUGCCUUUCCUAGUUGCGAUACUGGCGUUCUCGGUUAUUGGUAGGGUUCUGCUUCACAAGGGUUGCUCACCACUGGGAAGAGGUUGGACUGAAUAUGUAUCAUGGUUUGAGUUUCUUUAGCUUUUCCGGUAGUGGCUUCUGGCUUUGAGGGAGGAGAUAAGCUACGGGGAAACGGGGAGGCAUCUGCGACUGGACUAUGGGUGACCGGUCUUCCCGCCGCACGUUACUCACCUAAGUUCCUUGCAACUUCAGCAGUCACCAAGGCAGGGCAGAGAAGGAUCAUUCCGGGACCGGCUUGCUAGAUCAUCAACUUUCCCUGAGAGUAUUCUUUUCAGUGCCGACACUGGGUAAUAAUCUACUAUCGUUUUCUUUGA